GGUAAACAGACACCUAUCUUCACAAAGCCAUGGACUGGGUCUCCUGGUUAUCCAAAACUGAGCUCCACCCCUCCCUUGUGCACAAAUACAGCCUUGCCUUUGCACACAAUGAGCUUGAGGAGGAAGAUAUAGCUUACUUUGACCAUGAAUUCCUCCAGAGUAUAGGCAUAACCAUAGCCAAGCACAGGUUAGAGAUACUCAAGCUUGCUAAGAAGGAGAAAGUUGGAAAGCCACCUCCUGUUUCCAGGGUUAUAGCUGCAAUCAAGAAAACCAAGAGAUGUCUCUCCAAUUAUAUCCACACAUUGGUUCAUGGUGAUGAGUCUGCUCUCAUUGUUUUCCAGAAGGCUAAUAAUAGUAAGCGUUGGAGGGAAGCCAUGUUGAAGAGGAAUAAGAGGUUGAUGAUGCUCAAACAAGGGAGGUCAUUGAUGGUCUCAAAUGGAAGUCCAAAAGUUGCAGGACCUCCCAAUGGCUGUGGGGGAAGUCCAGUGGCUUCCCAACUCCACAACAACAACGAAAAAGUCGCCGACGACGGUGAUGCAUAUUGGUCUACUGCUGUUGAAGAGUUCAAGUGGGAUUCUAUGUUUCAGGAUUUGAAACCAACAUGAAGGAAGUUCUUUUUCAAUUUUUUUUUUUCCCAAUUGGUGAGACAUUUUUUCCUUUCUUUCUUCUGUUAUGUUGUGUUUUGGAAAAGAAACCAUUGAGAGCUAGUUAGUUUGUGUGUAUGUACAAUCAUGUUAUCCAAUACAAGGUUUUAAAUCUUCUUAUAAGCGACA